UCAAGUAAAGAUUUGUUUUGAUAUUCAAAACAAACUGAAGAUUUGUGGUAGUGCCUGCGUAUCCUGGCUUCUUAAUGUUUUAUUAAAUUUUUGGUGUUUUAUCCUUUAAUGCUUUCUGGAAUUUUCAAGGUUUGCAAAUUCGGCAUGGGAUAGUUUUUAGGGUUAGUUUUUGGACCAGGGAUUUUUUCGGGUUCUGAGUUUUACCCUCAUUCAACCAUCCUUGUCACUUGACAUCUGGAGUACCCCUCCCCCCCUGGAUUGUAUUGUUAGACAUUUUUUGUGACUUGGAGGCAAGUAUUCUUGUUAUAUUACAGAGGCAACAGAUGAUGUACAAUAGAGUAUAGUUGUUUUUUAUCACAUUUAUUAGCUCAUGACAAAUGACCAGACCCAAUUGUUCAAAAAGUAAAUUGUGCUAUCCACUGGAUAAUGCAUUUCGAUUCCCUAACAGCUAUCAACUGGUGAAAAGUACUAUCCAACUUUGGAACAACUGGGGGGCAGUUCUUUAUAGUUUUGCUGUUGUUGUUAUAUUGUUUAGUACCAGCUUGUGAUUUGUUGGACAUUAAAGAUUUUUUAUUAAACCAUACUUGACAUUACAGGAAUCCGUUUGAUUGAAAAUGUUGUCAUGUUUAGGCAAAGUAAUCCUCAAGGCUUGGAGGCUGAAUAUCAAAAAACUUUGAUGUGCUAUUGCCACACAGGCAUGUGAGAGCAUUGCGAAGGAGACCUGAUACAAUGUACAUUUUGCCUACACUGCUUAAGCCAACCUUGAGAUUUUUCUUAAAAUCCAUGAACUUAAAAUAAUUGAUGAUGUCAUUAAAAAGCCAUUCAACAGAAAUUCUAACUUCACUCAUAGACUUAUUAAACUGCUGCAUCUGAGGAGUUAAGUAGGCAUUCUUGAAUGGGCCCUGCAAAUGCACCCUUAAUGGGUACGCAGGGUCCCCAUAGACACACAGAGGCUGCCCAGUGGGUGAUAUUGCAUUCCGCUGUAGUUCUCUUAGCAGGCCAGAUUCUGUUAACAUGCUUGCAUCAUGCUUCCUUCCUUCUUUACAGUGGUGAUAAACAUGAAAGACAAAAGGUUUUUACAUCAUAGAUUAUGCUUCUCUCAACAAAAAAUUAUCAUGUGUGAACAUUUGUGUUUGUGACUGUGAAAGGAGUAGUAGGCGUGUUCAUAAAACCAUAGGUGACUCGCUUGCUGGGUAGGUAAUCACAAAACAGCACUCUAAACAAUCUGUUACCUUUUACCCCCAGUGAUUGCAUUCUUAAAGGACUCUUAUUCGCUAGUUUCUAACUGAAAAUUAAAGUUGCCAUUGAAAGCAAACCAAAAUGGAGAUGAAGAUGCAGAAAGGGAUGUAUAGGUGGGACUUGCCAAAAUUAUCUGGUAAACACCUGAAUCAAAAUAACAUCUAAUUUACCUUCAUAUUCUCCCCUCCCUAAACUGUACAUGUGAUUAUUUCUUACCAACUGGGCCAUACAUGUUAGCAAUGAGGCCAUUUGGCAGUGUAACUGAUUGAAAUUUGAUGCCAUGGAUUCUUUUGUGGCCGUUGUACAUCACUCUUUGUCGUUCACCAGGUUUAGAAAUUGCUCUCACAGUCCCAUCGAUGAACCCGAAACAAUUAUCUAAGGCUGCUCCUUUGGCUGAAAUCGCAUCUGCAUACAUUUGUAAGGAAACGGGGUUCAAGAUACCGUUAUUCCAGUUGGUUAUCUUGCGGUGGUGGGUAUCGUAUAUGUAGUCUAUAACUUUGUUGGUAAUCAUGCAUAGGACAGGUACUGGUCUGGCGAAACGAUAAAUAAGAUCUGAAUAUCUACAAGGGUAAGCCAGCCUUUUCAGGAGCAAGCAGAGUCCUUCAGUUCCAGUGAACACUGAUCUCUGGUCGCACUUCAAGAGAGCAGGAAUCUGUAGCACCUCUUCUAGUUGCAGAAUAUGUCGCUUCUCAAAGCGAAAUUCUGCAAUGCACUCAGCUUCGUCGAUAUCAUCGAGGUUGAACUGAUCAUAUGAAUCAUAGGGAAAUUCAAGGUUUUCAGACGUAUUUAAAUCAUAUAAAGCGAGGAAUUCCAUUUCAUCCAGCCACCCUUCGCUGUAUCCCAGCAGUAAAGCUUCUCGAGUAUUCCUUAGGGAUGCCAUUCUAACUGGGGAGAGCGGCAGAGAAAGCAGAAAAAUAUGCUUCGUCGACACGUCGUCGACAAGUUUGCUUAGUAUUGUUUUUCCCGCCAAAAGACGUCGACCUCGACCCAGGUUCUGGCGGGCUUGGCGGGCGUCCACCCGGCCGUCGUCGUGAGUUGCUUAAAGUCUCUAAUGGAAAAUUCUGUCAGCCAAGAUGAAAUUCACACUGAAAACAUAGCUAACCAGAAAGGAAAAACUGCAAUUUCGCCUUCCAGUUAUCAGUCUUCUCAAGAACACGUAGCCGAAGUACAGAAUUCUAUCGCCGAUAAUGCGCAAGGAGCUGAUAACGUGAUAACUAAUGACAUUACAGAACAAAACACACGGCCUGUCAAC